AUGGGAGCACUCAUGGCUGCUCCAGCCAUAGCGUCAUCGGUAGAAUAAUUGAAUUUUGUUCAAUUAACUUAUCUUUUUUCCAGAUGGCUUGCUGCUUUGGCAGUGCGGCCUGUUCUUUGUGUUGCUCCGUGUGUCCGACAUCGAAGAAUUCCACUUCUACGAGAAUAAUGUAUGCUGGAAUGCUACUGUUCAGUACCGUUUUGUCUUGUAUAAUGCUACUUCCUGGUAUCCAGAAGAAGCUAGCCGACGUAAGAAGGAGUGAAGAAAUCGAAGUUGGAAAUAUAUUUUUAUUCUCAGAACAAGUGGUUUUGUGAUGGCCUGAAUGAAGUGACCGGGAUUAACUGUGCUCAUGCCACAGGGUUUCAAGCUGUUUACAGGUGAGUAUCCACAUUUUUUUUAAAAUUUCAUGCUUUAAAUCCGUUCAGAGUUUGCGCAGGCACGGCGUCUUUCUUCUUCGUGUUCAUGCUUCUGAUGUUCGGCGUAAAAUCCUCCAAGGACAAGCGUUCUUCAAUUCAGAAUGGAUAUUGGUUUGUCCUUAUCGAAAAAAUAAAUUUAAAAAUAUGUUUUUGAUUCAGGUUCUUCAAAUAUUUUCUUUUGAGCGUUUUCAUUGUGGGCUUUUUCUUCAUCCGUAGCGAGUCUCUUGCAACACGUAUGUGUUUUGCUUCGAAUUUUCAUCCAAUGAGACGGUUUCAGCCCUGAUGUGGUUCGGCAUGUUGGGAGGAUUUCUGUUCAUUCUGAUCCAGCUCAUCCUCAUCGUUGAUUUUGCUCAUGGGGUCGCUGAAAGUUGGGUCGAGUCGUGCGUUUUACCAAUUGAGAUUAUUUUGAUUCUUUUUUUGCAUGCGAAUCAAUGAUUUGAUAUGACUGAAUGUUCAGUUACGAAGAAAGCGAUUCGAAAUGGUGCUACGGAGGAAUUCUGUUGGUGACUUUUGGAGGCUUUUUCCUAGCCCUGAUCGCUAUUGUCGUCAUGUUCGUUCUUUACACAUCGGUGAGCUGAAAAAUUUCUCAACUUAUUAUGGUGCGUAAAAAUCUUUUUUUUCGUUCGAGAGAUUGAAAAGUGUAGUUUUCUGUCGUUCAAAUAUCACCGAAGGAGAUUUCUUUGAACAAAUUUAUUUUUUCUUCUUUUUUUUCCAAAUUUUUGUUAAGGGAGAAUCGUGUGGUCUUCCGAGAUUUUUCAUAAUCUUUAACGUUCUCCUUUGUGUGGCACUCAGCGUCCUUUCAGUCACUCCCGCUGUUCAAGAAAGGUUUUUAGCUUCACAUAUGCUUUUAAUUUCGUAAAUAGAAUCUAUAUUUGAGUACAAAUUUCAUAGUUCGACUUUCAAUGUUUUGUUUCCAGAAUGCCUCGCUCUGGUCUUCUACAGGGCGUUAUGAUCACAGGCUACGUGAUUUAUCUGACAUGGUCGGCUCUAGUCAAUAAUCCAGGUAACUUCUACGAAGCAUUAGUCAUACAUUGAUUCAAUUUUCCAGACAAGGAGUGCAAUCCGUCGUUGAUCACCCUCUUCUCUAACACUAGCCACACUGGGAAAGAAGAGCCACAUGUACGUUUCCCUGUCUAGUAGUACCUGUGCUCGUAGGAAUUUUGAAUCUCAGAGCUCUGAUCUUGCAACAGACUCUUUGGUUUAAUUUCGAAAGGAGUGUGCCUUUUUUUUCUUUCGUAAAAAUGAAUAAAGUUCAUUUCCUGUUCUUUUAAAAUUUUGUUAGGGUUAAUGUCCAAUGCGGGUCAAAUUGAUUUAAAAUAAAUCUUCGUCGAUACUUUAUGAAAAAGUAAUAGAGAAAAUCAGAGUAAUCCUCUAUCUUACUUUUAUUUCAAAUCUUUCCUCUUUCAAGUUUCAUGGGAUUCGAAGAAAAACGUUUGGGAAACUCAGUUUUUGUAAAGAAAAAAACGUCAAAUAGAAAAAUGCAAUUUUUUUUUCUCAAAUCGUAUAAAAAUUGAUAGGAUGUAAAAUAGGGGUCGUAAAAAAUUGCCAGCAAAAAACCAGCGGCGUCUUUAAAAUACGCAGAUUUCUCGUUGUCAGAAGUCUCUGCGAUUUCCCACGCUCUUGCUCGUAAAUUUGGAAAGGCUUUUGUUUUUUUUAGGUCUCUGACAUAAAGCGCCAAAAGGGCGCCACAAAUCUUUCUCUGUUACACACUAUUUCGUCGUUAUCUAGCUGCGAAAAAACGACGAAAUAGUGUAUGUCAAAGAAAUAGUUUUGGCACUUUAUUUCAGAGGUCCUUCCAAGCAAAUCAUGAACCGAAUAGGAUUUUCAAAAACGUUUUCCAAAUAAAUUUGACUUGACUGAGCCGUUUUUCACUUUCUUUUGCCUUUUAAAAAUCUCCGACCAGAAUUGUUGCCGAUUUCAGAAGUUCGGAACUCCGUUGCCAGCACAGUCGAUCGUGACUCUGUUCCUGUGGUUCGCAUGUGUUCUCUACGCCUCAAUCCGCAAUUCUUCCAACACUUCUUUGGGGAAGAUCACUGGCGGCGAUGAAAAUAUCCAACUAAGUUCGUCGAGAGAAGCGAUUGUGAACAGUGGUUCGUGCAUGUUAUUUCCCUAUAUAUCCAUUUCUAAUUAUUUCUCCUUUCAUUCUAAUUGGGUCGGUUUUCUGAUCACGAUUUUGUCGAAACUUGUAGUAGGAAAAGUGGAUUGCACGUUCUUCUACUUUCUUCUUCUGCACGUAGUUCAAUAAGGACCCUUAGCUAAUUCUGAGACCCUUAAUUGGUAAAACUAUCGCACUGGAAAGAAGUAUCAUAGGCAAAGUCGGAAAGGGUGGAAAAGGCUUCAUAGAAAUGUUCCUUUAAGAUGCAAAAGGCUUUUUUUUUGCUGCCUUUCUGCGCCAUUUCAUCGGCUCUUAUGCACCAUUUUUGCUGCCUCAUCCUUUUUCCUCAUUUUUUGGCAUUUAAAUUCCAAAAAAAAGGAAGGUUCGAUAAAGGGACUCUCUUUGCUGCCUUCCUGCGGCCUUUUUUGAGUCUCUUCUUUUUAGCGGUGCCGACUUUGCCCGAGUUAGACAAUCAAGUUUUUAAUGUUGUCGAAUCCUAGAAAGUUGAUCUUUUUGUCUUAAGGCGAUAUGGAGUCCGGCGCAGCGACUCGUGCUUGGGACAACGAGGAAGAAGGCGUCGCCUACUCGUACAGCUUCUUCCACUUCAUGUUCGUCCUCGCGUCAUUGUACGUGAUGAUGACCCUGACCAGCUGGUACAAGUGAGUAGAGGGUAUCUGAAUGACUUGGAGCAGCAACAAUUCUUUCAGACCGGACAACGACCUGACGCAUCUCAAUGCGAAUAUGGCUUCUGUGUGGGUGAAGAUCGUCUCCUCGUGGGUGUGCGUCUCUCUUUACUGCUGGACUCUACUUGCUCCGGCCAUUUUCCCAGAUCGGGAGUUCUAA